GGGCCGGUGGGGCUACCUGUCAUUGCUCCUCCAGCAGAGGAGGGCCAACUAGGAAUAGUUGUCUCAAACAGGGAUUGUCUCAUGGUCAGACUUAGAAGGCAUCCCACUGGCAGAACCCCUGGUCUGAGGUUUGGUACUCUGGGACUCUGUCUAGUUUGUGAUCAGAGCAGACAUUUACAGGGGUUAGCAAGUGGAGCGACAGGGUUUCUAGCCUAGGGAUAGAGUUAGCAGGUGGGUAAUUGUGAAGAACAUGGAAAAAGAGGGACCUAGAAACAGAGUAGCAGCUCAGGAAAGAGCUACUAUCCUUUUAGUAUUAAUAUGCAAAAUAUAGGCUAAACUAUACACAAACCCAUGUCAGAUCAUUCAAAUCUCUGGCUCUGGUGACUUGGUAGCCAGUGCUGUAACACUGUCUGGGAUGGUUCUGGCUCUCUCGGGAGCAACUUUCACAAACCCAAGGCCACAAGGCUCAAGGACUGUUUCUCCCAUCCUCAUAUGUGGAUUUUUCCAGCUGUUUUUCUUGGCCCAAGGAUCACACCCACAAGGAUGCAGUUGGGGGAAGGGGAAGCAGAGGAGACAGUGAAGUCGAAAUGGGCUGGGGAGGAGGCAGAUGUUAGGAAGAUGAGAUGGAGAAAUGGCACUAGUGGUCCAGCCCCCUGAGACAGGACACCUGGGAAGGACAUCUUUUCAAGAGGCUGUGCUUGGCAUGGACUAGGCAGAAGCCGAGGAACCCCAGCUAUUAACAUCUGGGCCCAGGAUUAUGUCUGCUAACAAAGGCUGGUGGGUGCCAUCGGAGGGCGAGGACACUGUGUCUGAGAAGUUCCUGAGGAAGACCCGGGAAUCUCCACUGGUGCCUAUAGGCUUAGGCGGCUGCUUGGUGGUAGCAGCGUACAGGAUUUACCGGCUGAAGGCUCGGGGCUCUACCAAGAUGUCCAUUCACCUGAUUCACACACGCGUGGCAGCACAGGCCUGUGCUGUGGGCGCGAUCAUGCUAGGUGCUGUGUACACAAUGUACAAAGAUUAUGUCAAGAGGACAGGACAGGAUGCUGGAGAGAAGUAGGUCUCCUAUAGAAUCAGGGGCAGUCAGAUGCCCCCUAAACCAAUCCCAGGAAUGCUCCUAAUAAAGUAGUUUUUAGGAAAA